UUCUUUGCACCACACAGUAAUAGUAUACAUCUUAUAGAAACACUGUGAGGAUUAAAUGAAAGAAUUCAUAUGUCUCCAUGUCUAACGCAGGGUAAACUCACUAUCAGUUGUGGUGGCUAUCGUUAUUGCUUAAGGUAUAAUUAAAAGGGUAGGCAGUGCUUUUGGCUCUACUGCAAGCUGAUUAUUUCAAAAAUUUGCUUAUGUUAUUCUUUGCACAGUUUAUAUAUUCCAUAGUGAAGGAGUAAAAGAUACCUACAGUUAAUAAGAGAAAUGGAAUCUGCUAGACAGCUAGCUAUUCAUCACCCCCUAGUCUUAGUGUGCAUCUUAUCUUUGAGAGUCUGUUCUUUCUUUUCCAGCUGGACCAAUCAUUCCUGCUCUUGGACCUCUCAGAGCUGUUGAGAGGUGACACAGAUGCCCUAGUUGAAAGUGAUUUGAACAAGAUUUCAAGCACAACCUCAAGUUAAAGAUAUUGCUGGGAUGUGGGUGCUGACCUUCUAGGGCAGAUCAAUCCCCACACCACCACAAACAAACAAAUAAACAGACAGACACACUCAGUUUCAUACAACUCACUCUUUCAAGAUCAUGAUUUAUUUCUCUUAACUGACUCAUUUCAAUUCUGAGAAUCUGCAGGACCUCCAGUCCUUUAAUUUUACCUUUCUCACAUCCUUUCAACCCCUCUGUUUUCUCACCCUUUUCUUAACUUCAAUGACAGAGUCCAUUUUUCCAUCAGAACCUUGUACUUUCUGUUAUUUUUCCUCUCCCUCGCAAGGCCCAAUCCUGACUGACAUUCAUGCUCCCUUCUCCAUGCUUGUCCUCCAUGUUUCUGGUUAACAACCACCCACCAGGCUGGCUGCGUUUGUUUAAAAUCCUGCACAAAGACAAUUGGUCUCCUCACACACUGGCUAUGCUUUCCUAGUGAAUCGAAUCACUUUCUGAAAGGACAUUUCCUACCUUCUCCUGUCUUCAAACCUCGCACACUCUCUCCCCGUGGAGUUGAUGGGAGCAUCUUUAAACUCCCUGAGAACACAAGCCAAAGAGCAACUCCUUUUCUCCUGGCACCAGUCUUUUGUAUUUUUGCUUUUUUUCCUUUGUGGGGUGAAAGCCUCCCCCGCCUCAGGAUAGUAGCCCCCUUUGGACUCAAGGUGGACUCACCUCUCAAGGCACUGGCCCUUUCAUUAUGCACCCCAUUAUCAAUCCCUCUUUCCCCACUGUAUCCCCCCUUUAUGUUGUUUUGGGGGAGUACAUAAAUUACAUAAAAUUUCAUUCAUAAAAACAACAUGACAGAAUUUACUUUGCACUCUUUUCAAAUCAAUUUCCAUCCCUAUUGGAAAUGACUGUUCUGAUUUCUGUCAUCAGUGGUUAACUUUUCAUGAUUUUGUACCCCAUUUAAAUGGAAUCAUAUAGUAUGUACCCUUUGUUAUCUGGCUUCUUUUGAUAAAUAGCAUACUUUUUAGUAAUCCAUGAUGUUGAGUAUAUCAGUUUUUAUUGCUGAGUUUACUCCACUGCAUUGAUACACCACGUUUAUUCAUAUUUCUGUUGCUGGAGAUUUUAGUUAUUUCCAGGUUUGUGUUACUAUAAAUAGGAUUGCUCUGGACAUUCUUAUACAAGUAUUUUCAUGGAAACAUAUUUUCAUUUUUAAUUUUCAUUUCAUUUUUAUAUCCUUGUGAUAGAUAUUUGAUAGGAAUAUCCUCAUCAUAGGUAUUUUAAUUUUAUGAGGAAUGAAUACCUGCUCUUCUAAGUGGCUAUGCCAUUUUGCAUUCUCCUAAAUACAAUGAAAGAGUUGUGCUUGGCAAAAAAAAGUGCUUGGCAAAAAAUUUGCCCCAGAGAGUUUAGCUAUGAAUACUACCAGACUAAGCAAGCAAACAUUUUGAAUGUGGGGCGUCUGAAUUCCUUCUCUCCUGUAUUCAUGUCUCACUCUGCUCCUAGCCCUCUUCACAAAAGCCCCACAUUGGAACAAUCUUUUGUAUUAGCCAUACAUCUUUUUAAGUAUUGCAAGCAUUAUGUUUAAAUACAUCGUUAAUUUACUGACCUAUUGGCUUUCUACAGCACCUCCAGCUCCCCAAAUACAUAACAAGUGCAACUACCUGCAGUUUGGGAUCUGUCUCCACACGCCUCAGGAGUCAGUUGUCAUGGGGCUUCAGACCUUGCCUUUCUGACAGUCAAUCUGUAAUUCCCCACCACGGGCUCCUUCUCCAGUGGGAAAGCCUGCGUGUCCCUGCCUGGGCAUAGAGCUUCCCUGAAGCUACGGAGGAAAUGUGAGGGUGGAAAAGGCCUUACACUCCGGCACAGGCACAGAAGGCAAACAUUCUCGGCGGGCGGCCUGAGGUGCGACCGAUUGGUGCUCAGUUCUGGGCAGCAGAGCUGGUUGUGUGAUCCAGCUGUUCCUGGGAGGGCCGCUGAGGGACGCACUCCUUUCUGCAACAUCUGUAGCCCAAUUCCUACUCCCGUUACUAUAUUGUCUCCUCCCCUGUCCACUCUGGACUAUCUCCUGGAGGUCCCAGCUCACUGGCCUCCUUCCUCGCAGACGCGGAGUGCCUGGCGGCGAUGCCUGAAAACAGCUCCUUCACCAACUGCUGCGAAGGCGGCGGGCUGGCCCUGAGCCCGGGCUUACCGGGGAUGAGCAGCACGCUGCCCUCCGGAACUCCCCGGCCCCCCUGGGUGGCCCCCUCGCUAGCUACCGUGCUCAUUGUCACCACCGCUGUGGACGUCGUGGGCAACCUCCUGGUCAUUCUCUCCGUGCUCACGUACCGCAGGCUCCGGAACGCAGGUAAUUUAUCCUUGGUGAGUCUGGCAUUGGCUGAUCUGGCAGUGGCCUUGUACCCCUACCCACUGACUCUCCUGGCGAUCUUCUGUGAUGGACGGGCCCUGGGGGAAGCACACUGAGAAGCCAGUGCCUUUGUGAUGGGCUUUAGUGUUAUGGGCUCUGUCUUCAACAUCACUGCUAUUGCCAUUAACCGCUAUUGCUACAUCUGCCACAGUGUGUCCUAUCACCGGAUCUGUAGGCACUGACACAUCCCUGUCUACAUCAGCAUCAUCUGGCUUCUCACCCUGGUGGCCUUAGUGCCCAACUUCUUCAUGGGAUCCCUGGAAUAUGACCCACGCAUCUACUCCUGCACCUUCAUCCAGACAGCCAGCACCCAGUACACAGCGGCAGUGGUAGUCAUCCACUUCAUCCUCCCCAUUGCCAUAGUGACCUUCUGUUACCUGCAAAUCUGGGUGCUGGUGCUUCAGGCCCGCAGGAAGGCCAGGUCAGAGAACAAGCUGUGCACGUGGCCAAGCAAUGUGCAGAGCUUUCUAACCAUGUUUGUGGUGUUUGUGAUCUUCGCCAUCUGCUGGGCCCCCCCUAACUGCAUCGGCCUUGCUGUGGCCAUAAACCCAGAAUGAAUGGCUUCCCAGAUCACAGAGGGGCUCUUUGUCACUAGCUACUUCCUGGUUUAUUUCAAUAGCUGUCUUAAUGCCAUUGUCCAUGGGCUCCUGAACCAGAACUUCAGCAGAGAGUACAAGACGAUCCUCUCCUCCCUCUGGACCCCACAGAGAUGUUUUCAGGAGGCUCCCAAGGGCAGCCAUGGGGAACAGCUGCAGAGUCAAGCCCCACCUGUGAUUAAAGCCCUGAACCCUGUCCAGGCAGAUGGACUCUAAUCUGCUCUACAGCGGCAACAAACCUAUGAAUGGGUGGGAGUGAAUCUGCUGCAAGGCUGAGAUCAGGCAGCCUGCUGUGCCACUUAUCCUGUUCACAUCUGCAGCCCACAACUUGUGGAAUGUGGUGUUGCCGGCCAGGGUCCCAUCAGGCACUGGAUCUGGCAGACACUAGGGGAAGCAGUGACUGUGAGAUGUUGGAGGCCAAGGAAGGAAAAGAAUGAGAAAAGGCCUGGGGCCAAAUUGCUCAAUGCCUUCCCAGGGGCUGCACUCAUCCUACUGCCUUGAGCUCCUUUCUGCUUUCUCUCUUUCUCCUGAGGGACUGUAAGAACACCUCUUCCUGUUGGCUGGGAGGAAGGAGCAAGGUCUGCAGUGCUGAAAGGUAGGUGGCUGCCUACAGGGCCCUAGGAGAGGAGGUAUACAAAGCAAGCACUCCACCCUUUCUUCCCACUGAGUUCUCUCUCUCAUAUACACACUACACACACAGCACAGCACAUGUACCACAUCACAGACGCCCCCAGCCCCCGUCUCUCAGAAUCAUCAGCACAAAGUCAGCCUGGCUCUUUCCUGUUUCCAUCA